CCUCCGAGGACCUCGCUGGGUCACGUGAUGUUGUGUUAGCUCGCUGACUCGGCUAUGUUUGCCGUUUAUGCUAACGUUUUGGAAAUGGCAAUUUUCUCGCUUUUAUGUGUUUCUUGGUGCUCAAGGACGCCCCGCGCGUGUUCGGUGGCCCGUUUCUCUCGGCACCGACAGAGCGGUUUGACUGAGAAGUCGGCCGCUGUGGGCCUGCACGUCACGUGACCAUCAUGCGGCUGAGCGUUUGAUAAAAAGAUGGCGUGAGCGCGGUGGAGAGGACAACAAACCCCGACCUGCCGAGCGCCGCCGACACGGAGCCACAGCUGCCGUUAAGCUGUCAGAUGGAUCCUGGUCAGGAUUUGCUUCUUGCUGCUCUAAGCGAGAGUGGCAUUUGCCCAAAUGAUAUUGGCCUAUUUGAUGUUGAAUCUCAGGAUGUUGCACAGCCCACAACAACCCAGCAAUCCAUCUCUAUUAGUUCCCUGGAUGUUAGUGGUGGGGCUGAGACAGUGGAAGCUGUUCGAGCUGAGCCUCCAGCUUCAGUCCCUAUAGUUACUAUCAGGCACAAACCUCAGCCAUCAACCACCACAUUUGUCUUAAAUCAGCUAAAUCAGUUGCCGUCACUAGGAGCUGUUGUGACCAAACAGUCAGUGACAAACCCUAUUAAACACACUAUAACUGUGACCAAGGUCGUCCAUGUUGCUAAUUCUGUUCUGCGAGGUUCAUCUACCCCAUCCUCCCCAAAUAUUCCUCCUUCAGCGUCUACAGUAGUGCCUUCUAACAGAGAUCAGAUUCAGCUAAAAGACCUUCUUAGGACAGGCCAUGUGAAGAGUACUGGUCUAAAGGGCAACAGUCUGAUGGAGCUAAUGAAGCUAAAACCUCCUUCUGACAUUGCUCCACCAGUAGCAACAGCCACUGGCCCCAGCGACAUUAACAAUGGAAUCAAGAAGGAGGUACUGGGUAAAGAUGCUACCAGGAUAUGGAUUAAUGAUGAUGGCAAACUACAAAACUUUUCACAAACUCUGAAACACCCUGGUAUCAAAGAAGAGGAUGAACCUGAGGAGGAAGAGGAAGAUGAGCUGGGACACGCAGAGACUUAUGCAGAGUACAUGCCAAUGAAAUUGAAGAUUGGCUUACGGCAUCCUGACCCUGUGGUGGAGACCAGUUCUCUGUCCAGCGUUAGUCCACCAGAUGUGUGGUACAGACUGUCCAUCCCAGAAGAAACCAUUGACCGGGGAUGUCUCUCUGCUUUGCAGCUAGAAGCCAUCACAUAUGCAGCCCAGCAACAUGAAACGUUUCUGCCUAGUGGUGAACGAGCUGCAUAUUUGAUUGGUGACGGAGCUGGUGUGGGGAAAGGCCGGACGAUUGCAGGGAUCAUUUAUGAGAACUACCUUUUAGGCAGAAAGAGAUCACUCUGGUUUAGCGUCUCAAAUGACUUGAAAUAUGACGCUGAAAGGGAUUUAAGGGAUAUUGGAGCAAAAAACAUUCAGGUUCAUUCACUAAACAAGUUCAAAUAUGGCAAAAUCUCAUCAAAACACAAUGGGAGUGUAAAGAAAGGCGUAAUCUUCGCCACCUACUCCUCUUUGAUAGGAGAGAGCCAGUCAGGAGGGAAAUACAAAACCAGAUUCCAGCAGCUUCUCCACUGGUGCGGAGAGGAUUUUGAUGGAGUUAUUGUUUACGAUGAGUGUCACAAAGCCAAAAACGUGUGUCCCAUUGGAUCAUCCAAGCCUACAAAAACUGGUUUGGCGGUGCUGGAACUGCAGAACAAACUCCCCAAGGCUCGGGUUGUUUAUGCCAGUGCUACUGGUGCAUCAGAACCACGGAACAUGGCCUAUAUGAACCGACUGGGUAUCUGGGGCCACAAAACACCCUUCAGAGAGUUUGGCAACUUUAUCCAAGCUGUUGAGCGAAGAGGUGUUGGUGCUAUGGAGAUAGUGGCUAUGGACAUGAAACUGAGAGGAAUGUACAUAGCAAGGCAGCUGAGUUUUACAGGUGUGACUUUCAAGAUUGAGGAAGUUUCCUUGACUCGGGAAUACAUCAAUAUGUACAAUAAAUCUGUAAAGCUGUGGGUUAGUGCACGUGAGCGGUUCCAGCAGGCUGCAAACCUGAUGGAUGCAGAGCAACGUAUGAAGAAGUCCAUGUGGGGUCAGUUCUGGUCUGCUCACCAGAGGUUCUUCAAAUAUCUCUGCAUUGCAUCCAAAGUUCGCCGUGUGGUUCAACUGGCCAGAGAGGACGUCCAGAGCGGAAAGUGUGUCGUAAUUGGUCUUCAGUCCACCGGUGAAGCCAGAACACUUGAGGCCUUGGAGGAAGGAGGAGGAGAGCUCAAUGACUUUGUGUCAACUGCAAAAGGUGUGCUGCAGUCCCUGAUUGAGAAGCACUUUCCAGCUCCAGACAGACAGAAGCUUUAUAGUCUGCUAGGCAUCGACCUGUCUGCUAAGAAGACCUCUUCUCCUAGUGAAGCAGUCGCUCAAACUGAACAAAAGGGCAAGAAGAGGAAAGGUGCAGAAAUUAAGAAGCAGCAGAAAAAGAAGCCUCGCAAACAUGGAGGACUUUCAGGAACAAGCUCUGAGGACAGCCAGUCCGAAGAUUCAGACAGAGAGUCUGGGAAAGACCUCGACAGUGACGACAGCUUCAAAUCUGUGAGUUCUGGUGAUGAAGACGACGAUUUCAACCCAUUUAGGGAUGAAUCUGACGAUGACGAGGAAGAUGAUCCGUGGCUUAUUAGAAAGGAAGCAAAAAAGGGAAGAGAGAAGAAGAAGAAGAGAAAGAGAAGGGGGAGUAUUGAUCCAGACUCCAUUCAAAGUGCCUUGUUAGCCUCUGGGCUGGGAUCCACCAGGCCAGCUUUCACUUCUUCUGUUAACCCCCCUAGUGCACCUGCUACAGUCAAAGCCGAGAGUCAGGAUAGUUGCCUAACAAGUCAAGACGCAGUGGAACAUGCCCAGAAAAUGAAGAGGGAACUGCUUGAGCAGCUUGAGGAGCUGGCUGAGGUGCUGCCUCCUAACACUCUGGACGAGCUUAUCGAUGAGCUGGGAGGACCAGAGAACGUAGCUGAGAUGACUGGACGUAAAGGUCGAGUAGUCAGUAAUGACGAUGGCAGCAUCACCUAUGAAUCUCGCUCCGAGCUGGAUGUCCCGGUGGAAAUCCUGAAUCUCACAGAGAAGCAGAGGUUCAUGGAUGGCGAGAAGAACAUAGCGAUCAUCUCAGAAGCUGCCAGCUCAGGUAUAUCACUGCAGGCUGAUCGCAGAGUCAAGAACCAGAGACGCAGAGUCCACAUGACUUUGGAGCUGCCGUGGAGUGCAGACCGAGCUAUUCAGCAAUUUGGGAGAACUCACAGGUCAAACCAGGUCACGGCUCCAGAAUACGUCUUUCUCAUAUCGGAGCUUGCAGGAGAGCAGAGAUUUGCAUCAAUUGUUGCAAAAAGACUAGAAAGCCUGGGGGCUCUCACUCAUGGAGAUCGAAGAGCAACAGAAACUCGAGAUCUCAGCCGGUUUAAUUUUGACAACAAAUAUGGCAGAAGUGCUCUGGAAAUUGUGAUGAAGUCCAUCGUGAAGCUCGACGCUCCGUUAGUGACUCCACCUUCUGAAUUUAAGGGGGAUUUCUUUAAAGAAAUCCAAAGUGGAUUGAUAGGUGUGGGCCUCAUAAAUGUGGAAGACAGAUCUGGCACACUGUCGCUGGACAAAGAUUACAACAACAUCGGGAAGUUCCUGAACCGUAUUUUGGGUAUGGAAGUCCAGCAGCAAAACGCCUUGUUCCAGUACUUUUCUGACACACUUGCAGCUGUGAUUCAGGAAGCCAAGAAGAACGGCCGAUAUGACAUGGGCAUCCUUGACCUUGGCUCUGGUGAUGAGAAGGUGAAGAAGGUAGAUUGCAGGAAAUUCCUAACUCCGGGAUAUACAACAUCAGGACAUGUUGAAUUGUACACAGUGAGUGUGGAGAGGGGGAUGUCGUGGGAAGAAGCCACUCAUGCUUGGGCCGAACAGAAUGGGCCAGAUGAUGGUUUCUAUGUACAGAUGAGGAACAACAAGAAGACGGCCAUACUGGUCAAAGAAGUCAACACUAAGAAGAGGCUGUUCCUGGUGUACAGGCCAAACACUGGCAGGCAGCUCAAACUGGAGCCGUAUGCAGACAUCAAGAAGAAGUUCAAAAAGGUCUUGUCAGAAGAUGCCAAACAACACUGGACUGACCAGUACAAGUCCUCAGCAAAAAUCUGCUCUCAUGCUUAUUGGCGUGGAAACUGUAAGAAAGCAUCUGUGGGUCUAACGUGUGAAGUCGGGCUUCGGUGUCGAACAUACUACGUUCUGUGUGGCUCAGUGCUCAGCGUGUGGAACGAGCUGGAGGAAGUGCUCACUCCGGUCAGCGGGACCAACGUAAAGGUGCAGAUCGUCCGGCUCAGAACAGAAGACGGACAGAGGAUAGUCGGUCUGAUCAUUCCAGCAAACUGCGUCUCUCCAUUAAUUAACAAGCUCUCGACAUCAGACCAGUGUCAGCAACUCGCCGUGCAGGAGCAGCAGAAGCGGCAGCAGCUCCACCCUCAGAGUCUCAGCCACACACCGGGCACAUAGUUUGGAGAUGGGUCGCUUCACUUUGAGCGUCGAUCUCCUCAUCUUGCUUCAGUCUGUCUCUGCGCUGCAGGCUUCAGGACCCUGUCCCCCGUUCUGCUCCCUCACAUCAUCUCUAAGGGGCUGAGAUACUACAACUUGUAAAGCAGUGAUUGUACAGAGAAAAUAUUUCAGGGUUUUUUUCUUUUUAUUUUAAUCUUCAGAGAGACUUGAAGGAUGAUGAUAUAUUGUCCUCUGACAUUCAGAGUGAGAAGGUUUGUUAUAUAUUGAACUUUGGCAUGUUGGCCUGUGGCUGAGUUAUUCGCACCUCGAACAUGCUUUAAACCAUUUAGACCACUUAUGAGGCAAAGACCUUUUCUUGGGCUAAACCAAAUGGGGACAAUACAGAGCACCUCUGGUUGGAAAAUCAGAGACCUACUUUGAUUCAUUUGAAAAGUUAUUUGAAAUUAGAACAUUACCAUAAAGUCCAGAAGACUUGUUUUUUUUUUGUUUGUUUUUUUUCUUCUUCCUCCUCCUCAGUAGAUGUUGAAUUUAAGAAAGCCAAAAACAUCCAUCUGUUUCAACUAAAACUGAUUCUAACCACAUUCAAGAAUUUUUUUGCAGGGUAGCUGAUUUAUUAACUUCAAACUAAUGUACCUAAUCUUUUUCAGUUCAGUAUUUUACUGAACCUGUUGUGUGUUACAAUGCAGAAAAUACAAAGUCUUCAUAUUAAUACGCAUGUAACAGGACAGCUGUUAUUUCUCUACUUCGCGUUCGCCGUUUUCAGGACAAGACUUGUGGCAUGACGGCUGUUUAACCAGCUGCCGGGUCAGUGUAAGCGCCACUUUAAUUUACACACAGGAUUCAAAGUAAUCAGACUUCCUUGUUUGUAUGAUCUGUAAUGAUACAGCUAAAGCAGGUGGCACCAACAGGUGACAUGUCUAACAUUAGACGAUGGUACCAUGGUCAUAUAUUGGCAUUGUGACUUAAUGUCUUGAUGGAGUUUAGUGAGUGACACAGUGAAUCAUUACAAAUACAACCUUGUUCAAAACACUGGUUUGGUUCUGAGUCAGUGUGGAAGCAGUUAGUGUUUAUGUAGCUGUAAGCUACAUAGAUGUGUUCUAAAUGAGGGGGUUCAUUGUUUAUACAAUGCAAAAGAGGCAAAAUUGUUACUUCUGUUGUAAUUGAAACAGUUUUGAUGCAUGGUCUCUUUUCCCAGUCUGUAAAAUAAGUCUUGGCGCUGCAAGUUGUUCGAGCACCUUUGGACUUUACCUCAGCUUUAUCUGGUUCAAGUCCUCAUCGCUUGUCCUUUUUGAUAACUGGCUCGACUGCCAGAGGAAACUAAUGACACAAAGCAGCCAAGGAAUCGUGGUGAAUGUGAGAUUCGUGUCCCUAGCAAACGUUUCUGUUCGGGCUGCUCUCUGCUUGUACGUCAACCUUUUUUCCUCCUCUGCCUUUUAAGAAAAGAAAAUGCUCAGGGUUUAAACUUAAAGGCCCUUUUUCGACAUGGCUCACAUUCUCUAUCUAUCCAGUAUUGUUACUGUGACCACUUUUCUCCAAUAAUCAAUUAAUGCUUUUGUUAGGGUGGCUUUUUGCAUUAUUAUUCUGUCUGCACUGGAAGCGAUAGACUCACCUGUCCAAAUAGCUGAAAAUGACUAGAUCAGUUUUCCCCCCACAAUACGUUCAAACACGUAACAUGGAUAACUUGUCUCCCAUUUUUUGCUUAAGCAUUUAUAGGUGUAACACAAGGAAAAUGUCUUUGUAUCAUAUCAUUGUGCAUUUUGUACAAUUUGUAAAAGAAUUCAAACCUGCAGCAUAUCCGAACUAACAGACUUCACUGGGUGAGACCUUGGAAGAUACAAGGUCCAUUAGAAUCACUUUCUGCUGUGUAUAGGGUUUUUAUUUUGUCGUUGAGAUGUUCUGUGCUAACAUUGUUCUGCGAAAGAUGAAAAGGUUUCUCCGACAUUUACUCAGCGAAGGACUUCUCCCCCCUCCUGUUAUUUGCUGCACGAGUUGCACUACUGACAAGACUUGUACAAAAUCCAUCAUUACCUGUACAUGAAUGAGUGUAAUGCUCAAUAAAGCUUGAUAUACUUCUA